AAGAAGCUUGUAACUCAAUGCAAACGAAGUGCACUCCACAUCCAGAUUGUCUUCAUGAGCUCAUGCGCAGAUUUGUCGUUUGUGUUUCCGUCGGCAAGAGUGUGUGUUCAGUGCGCAACAAUCAAACUCGUGCACAAUCACACUCGCGCGCAGAUCUAUUCCCGCGCUAAUGGUGCUCUGCCUGUCUCGUUGAGUAGUAGCUUGAGAGGCAAUCGAUCGAUUCAGCAGCAGAUUCAACAUUUGCUUUGAGUUUCGCACAGUGCAUGCAGAGGAUCCAUUCCACCUGGGUUGGUGAAUGACGAUCAGGCAUAAUUCUCACGCGGAGCCAGAGUGUGCAAGAACUAUGGGGUUUGAAGUUCUCCGUUACAAUUUCCAGAUCGAGAGAUCGAUGGAUUAUCCCCGGCGUUAUGUAUUGUAGGCCAGAGAAAUCUGAUGGCCGCACAAUUUUGAGGUCUAGAUAGUUUGCCUGACCGAGAGAGAGAGAGAGAUAGAGAGAUGGCAGGUAUGAUGAUGGCCACUCCUGAGAUUGGAGGCGUAGCAGGAGCUCCGAAUGAAGGCGUUUUUGAUGCGGCCCAUGUGGCGGAAGUGAAGACCUGGCUGAAGACUGUGUUUGAAGCAGUGGGACGGGAGGUGCCAGAUUUCGAGUAUACUCCUCGUACCGUGGCUCAUUUGCACAAUAUAUGCACGCUGUCACAAAAACGCACGCAAGCUGCCACAAUCGUUGCAACGGAUCUAAGGCAGAAGGCUGCCGAGUUUCGUGCGGAAGCUGCUCGAGUACGCGAGAUCUUAGAAUGUGCUGGUUUAUCACAAGAGAACCUAUCUCAAAGUGGGGUUGCAUCUGCGCAUACACUUGCCACUGUGGCCCAAUUAUUGGACAUUAAUAACAUGGAAACCAGCAGCUUUUUAUUGGCGAUGGCAGAGCUCUCGUUGAAGAAGGCCGAUGUUGAAGAGAAGAGAUCCAGAGCUCAGAAAGAGUCGAAGAUGCUGCUGGAUAACACUCGUAAAGCUAUCGCUAGACUCACCUAUCUGAAAAGGACUCUAUCACAGCUUGAAGAGGAGGCUGCCGUUCGUGAGGGGCCCAUGAUGCAAUGGCAGACCAACCUAAAAAUGAUGGCUUCAAAAGAAAGACAAUACCUUCAGCAGCUUGCCAACUAUAAGGCUGUGCUGGCUCGUCUUGGCUACACGCCUGAGAUAAGUCAUGGUGUUCUGAUGCAAAUGGUGGAGUUGCGAAAAGACCUGGAGCGGAAGACAAAACCUAUCCUUGACACGCUUCGAUCUUACCAAGAUCUACCUCCUGAUAAAGCAUUGGCAGAAUUAGCCAUUGAGGACAAAAGAAGAGAGUAUGAAGCUGCAGAGAAAUACCUGGAGGAUGCGUUACAUUCAGCUCUGAACACGCCGAAUGACUGAUUCGAGCGGUCAUUUGUCACGAGCUAACCGAAAGGUCAAAGUCCUGAGGAGGAAGCAAUGCAUGUUCAGGAGUCUACUGUACUAGCCAUGGUCCCUUUGCUGGGCAUGGCUGCCUGAGAUCGGCAUUCCAUGUCCAUAUGAUCAUUCUUAUGAAUACUCAGUUUUUUUUCAUCCUUGUGUAGCUAGUAGAAUAGAUGAAGGUGUAAGAGUGUAUCAAACAACACCCCUGCAUAGUGUUAGUUUUAGUGCAAUGAGCUGGACCUUCCGCUGUCGAUUAAAGAAGAGGUAAGCUUACUGGAUUGUAAGCGUAAUUCGUCGUUUCGUUGCCAUGAUAUGUCCGAUUGGGAACCGUCAUUGGUGUAUAAACUGUUGAUGUUUUUGGAUGUCUUCCCAUCUCUAACGUAUAGCCUAUGGAAAACUUCUCUGUGAAUAUCUUUAUUGUACCACCAUACGUCC